AUGUCAAUAUGUCUGACAAAUACAAAUGAAUACGAAUUGACAUGCUGUUCAAAGAACCAUAAUGUUCCAUUUGAAAUUAAUGCUGCAUCAUGUUUAGCGAUAUCUGAUACUUGUUUACUUCUACUAAAUAGUGGUACUGAUCGACUCCUUCUAUUUGAUCUCACGAUAUCAACAUCAAAACAAUAUGAUAUUAUUUGGCCUAGCAAUACUUAUGGAAUCGUUCGAGAUAUCUGUUGGUCAAAAUAUAUAAAUUCAUUUUUAAUAUUAGGUGAUGAUGUAGUAUGUUCGUAUUCUUCUGCAUCUAAUCAAUUAAUAAUUCAAUUUAAUUCGCCCUCUUUGCAUGAUCGUUUUUGGUCAUUAGCUGUGCUUGGUUAUGAUACAUAUAUUCUUUGUCGGCAUGAUGCUCUCUAUCGUUACUGUUUACCAUCAUGGACAUUAUCUCGAUCUUGGUCACGUACAGAUCUAAUUGAUAUAUAUAAUACAGAUAAAUUUAUCCAACUAAUUCGAGCACAUCCAUUGAUGGGUACCAUUGCAUUACUUAUACGAUUAAAACAUCAUCAUAAAUGGCGUAUUGAUUUAUUUGAUCGACGAAUGCAAAAACUUUAUUCAGGAGAUUCUGUACGUAUGGCCUCAGAAUAUCCAUUUCUUAUGCUUCAGCCACGUGAGCAACAUGGACAAUGGACAUUGAUGAAUGAGAAUUAUAUUUGGAUAAUUAAUUCAAAUGCUUGUUUUAUUGAGCGUUAUCCUCGAAAACGAAAACAAGAAUUAGAUCAAUAA